GAGAUAAAGAUGCGCCAUGUAUUCGACUUCAUUAAGCAUCGUUUGGAGAUGGCGAAUGAUGAGUGUGAUUUCGGAAUGGGGUUGGAGUUAGGUUAUUGGUUAUUUCUGGCAAACCACGAUUCACUCGAUAAGCUGGCGUACCGUAUUCUGUCUACCGCUUAUACGUUGCUGAAGCGCGACGAGUAUAAGAGGAUUCUGGAUCUACAAAUGUCGCCUGGAGUGAGAAGAAGAAAAGAACUUAAAGCUACACCAAAGAAUAAUUAA